ACCCACGUGCCCCGAUGCUCUGGGAAAUGCAGCCUCUGCGCAUGUGGGAUUCUGCCCCGCCCCCGCGAUUUGCGCAUGCCCAGAGCCGGGAAACACGGGGCGGGGUCCCAUCUGUCCCUGCCCCAGCCUCUGUGGGCGGGUCAGAGACAAGCGCUCGAGCGGCACAAAAGUCUUCUCCGGCUCCGGCAGAGGCUCCAACGGCCCCGCACGAGCCAGGCAGAGCCGCAGCGCCCCGCCCGCGUUCGCAGCCCGGCUCGUCCUCCCCCCACCUAACGUCACUUCCGCUCCCGGGAGACUCAGGAACUACAUCUCCCAGCCUGCCCCGGGGGCGGCCUCCGCCCUCUGCAGCCGAGGAGAUUGGGGUUGAGCUUCCUGGGUCAGACGCUGCUGCCUGCAUUGUGAUCUGGGAGCCCAGACUGAGCAGCUGCUGCUCCCCUGGUGGGGUGGGGGCUUGGGAGUGACUUGGAGUGAAGCUUCCUCUGUGCCCAGGCAAGAUGAAGGGUUGCCCAGUGUCUGCCCGGAGAAUCUCAUCUUGGAUCACGGCCUGCAUCCACUACUCUUAUGAACUGGUGAAGAUGCCCCUGCCGACUAGCAUGAUGGGUCAUUCCACUAGGGCGCAGGAAUCAUCAGCAGCCUUCCUGGCGCAUGUGCCGAUCCAAGAAAUCUGUCUGGCUACAACCUGUGUUUCCAGUUUCCAAACCUGGUGCGAUCUUGCAGCUGGAACAAGGGGAAGAGCUGUGGAUCCCAGACCUCCAGAGUUCUGAGAAAGAAGUGCUCCCGAGAGCUGCCUGCACAGGCAGUGACCUAUGUCUGGAUUCUUUCUGUCUCCCAUCAGGUGUUGGGAUGAUGAGUGAGAAUGAGGAGGAGAAACCCCAGCAGGAAGAUGCUGAGCAAGUAGAACCACAUGGGACGUUAUCAGGAAGAUCCAAAGGGAAUGUUUCCAGGAGUUGUGCACUCCCAGAAAAAGCAAAAGCCUGUGAGACUCAGCAGAUGCCAGAAGAAAACUUGAGGAUCCACUCAGACCUUAUUACACAUGAGAGAAUCAACUUGGAAGAGCCACGCUACACAUGCCAUGAGUGUGGGAAAAGCUUCAAUGGGAGCUCUCACCUUCUCAGACAUCAGGGAAUCCACAGAGGAGAGAAGCCCUACACAUGUUCUGAGUGCGGGAAUAGCUUCAGUCAGAACUAUACCCUUAUCAGACAUUGGAGAACCCACACUGGAGAGAAACCUUACAUGUGCUCUGAGUGUGGGAAAAGCUUCAAUCAGAGCUCAAACCUUAUCAGACAUAGGAAAAUACACACAGGUGAGAAACCUUAUGAAUGCUCUGAGUGUGGGAAACACUUCAUUCAUAGUUCAGCCCUCAUCUCACAUCAGAAAAUCCACACAGGAGAGACACCCUACAUAUGCUCUGAGUGUGGGAAAAGCUUUAAUAAUAGCUCUGACCUGAUCACACAUCGUAGAAUCCACACAGGAGAGAAACCCUACUCGUGCGCUGAGUGCGGGAAAAGCUUCAAUCAGAGCUCAAUCCUUACUAGACAUCAGAAAAUCCACAUGAGAGAGAACUGUAAUAAAUGCCUUGACUAGGGCUGGCCAAAGAUUUUUUCUUUAAAAAAAAUCACAUUUGCUGACUCCCACAGAGUGAUCCUUGCACCAUCUUCACCGUGGUCACUCAGCUCCCCCAGAUGAGUUGCCUGCUUCUGCCUUUUGCAGCUCACCUUCUUUGGAGUCAGUCCUGUGAUCUUUACUGUCAACUCCUUUCCUUUUGAGUCGUAGGAGUGUGUGUCCCUCCAGCCAGGAAUGUUCAUCAGCUCCAGGUGGGAGCGAGAGUUUUGAUCCCAACAAGCUACACUGAGGCAAAAACUACCUGUGCCUUACAUCCACUAGGACUGUACAUGGCGCUGGCUACUCAAGUUAGUGAUGUUGGUGUAAAAAGACAAUUAUAGUUGUAGUGCAGAUGCAGCCCAUGUGCAGUGGUUGCAUUAGCUUUCCCCUUGACCUGACCUAAACUCCAUCACUUUUUCUAGUUUAAACAAACCCUCAGCAUCACGGUUAUACUGUUCCCGCAUUUCAAAGCAAUAGUUAGUAAUCGGUGACAAUGAAAUUAAACAUGAAGUUAAUUAGUGGAAUGUAAGAGGCUGAUUCUGUGAUAACUUCCAGUGUUACAAUAUGAUUCAGGUUUUCUUCAAGUUCUCUCCCUGCCCCCUCCUACUCUAUCGAAAUGGUGGCUAAUCCUGAAAUUAAAACCUCACUCCAAAGGAAUUAGAACGGGGGAAUAUGUGAGAGAAAUAGCAUGUACAAGAAUAGAGACCCAGUACGGGCUGUAAUUAUUUCUAUUUAAAAUUGAAUUUAUUUUGAUAAAUUUUAAAAUAAAUCUUCUGUUAAGAGGAAAAUUACUUGAGACAAGUUGUGUAACCUUUUACCCAUCCCCUACAGUUCUGAUGUGUUUUUGUUUGUUUCUCCUCCGGUGGUUACUUUUUAAUAAAAGAAUUGUUUUGUUUGAAA